AUGAGUUACAAGGCUCCAAGGAGAUACUCUAACCGAAGGAACUUUGGAGUGGAAAGACAACAAGAUUUUGCAGCUGAUGUAGUUCCGAGAAGACCUUAUGUUCCUUAUGCAAACCAGGGUCCUAAUAAGUGGUCUAGGAAUCUGGUUUGGACGUCAUCAGAUGCCAACAAUCCAAGGAAGAAUGAUACCACUUACAGGUCAACAAAACCACACGUUUCAGGGUCAGUAGCUCAUGUGUCAGAGCAGCAGAGGAAGAAUGCUGUUUAUGGUCAAAGAUGCUCGUCUGUUUCAGACAGUAGAGGUUGGGGGUCUAACGCUAAAGGCAGUCCCAAGUCUAAGGAAUCUCUGUGUAAGUUUUGGAAAGCUGGAAAUUGCAAGAAGGGUGAUCAAUGUGCUUUCUUACACUCUUGGACUAGCCUCCCUGGAAUGGUCAUGGUAACUGCUCUUGAAGGACACAAAAAGGAUCUGAAGGGGAUUGCACUUCCUCAAGGUUCAGAUAAACUCUUUUCAGCCAGUAGCGAUGGUACAUUGCGUAUAUGGGACUGCCACACUGGCCAGUGUGUUCAUACAAUCAACCUCCAGGCAGAAGCAGGGUCGUUAAUGAGUGAAGGAUCAUGGGUUUUCCUUGGCUUGCCAAAUGCUGUAAAGGCUUUUAACGUUCAAACCAGUAAAGAUUUGCAUCUUAACGGAGUGGUUGGUCAGGUCCGUGCUAUGACUGUUGGCAAUGGAAUGCUUUUUGCUGGGACAAGUUCUGGUACUAUAUCUGUCUGGAAAGCAACUGACUCUGAGUCUGAUCCUUUCACAUACCUCACAUCUCUAGAGGGACACCAUAGCGGUGAAGUCACAUGCUUUAUAGUUGGAGGUCAGCGACUAUACUCUGGUUCUGCUGAUAAAACAAUAAAGGUGUGGGAUCUCAGUACACUGGAAUGUACAAUGACACUGAGGCAACAUACCAACACUGUCACGUCGCUCCUAUGUUGGGAUCAGUAUCUCAUAUCUGCUUCUUUGGAUGGGACCAUCAAAGUCUGGGCGUGUUCUGAAAACGGCAGCUUGAAAGUUACCAAUACACGCAGACAAGAACAAAGUGUGCAUAGUCUUUGUGGGAUGAGCGAUGCAGAGGGCAAACCGAUCGUGUUCUGUUCUUACCAAAACGGAACCGUCAGCAUAUGCGAACUACCAUCUUUUGAAGAGAGAGGAAAGAUGUUCUCGACUAACACGGUCGGUGCAAUCACAAUUGGUCCUGAGGGGUUGUUAUUCACUGGAGACAAGAGUGGGAAGCUGCGUGUUUGGAAUUUAGCUGGCACCAAAGUUUAA